AUGUCGCAGGCCGGGAGCAUCAGAGCGAUCCCGAAGGCGUCGGUGCACCGCAUCUGUUCGGGGCAAGUGAUUCUGGACCUGGCCACCGCCGUCAAGGAGCUCGUGGAGAACGCACUCGACGCAGGCGCGACCAACGUCGAGAUCCGUCUGCGCGAAUAUGGAGCAGACCUCAUAGAGGUAUCGGACAACGGGUCGGGAGUGCCGAGGGAGUCGCUGCAAGGCCUCACGCGCAAGUAUCACACGUCCAAGCUCGAGAACUUCGACCAGCUCGACGACGUGGGGUCCUUCGGGUUCCGCGGCGAGGCGCUGUCGUCGCUGUGUGCGCUCGGGGACAUCCACGUGGUCACGUGCACCAAGGAUGACGCUGCAGGGGUCAAGGCCGUGUACGACCGCGAGGGCGAGCUGGUGUCCCAGGAGCCGUGCGCGCGCGCGGUCGGCACCACCGUCGCCGUGAAGGAGCUCUUCUCCGGGAUGCCCGUGCGCCGCAAGGAGCUGCUGCGGACCAUCAAGCGCGAGUACGCCAAACUGCUGACGGUCCUGCAGGCCUACGCCCUGAUCGCGACGGACGUGCGCAUGCUGUGCACCAACCAGGCGGGCAAGGGCCCGCGCAGCACGGUUCUCAACACGUCGGGCGCGAAGACCGUCCUCGCGGCGUUCUCCACCGUGUUCGGUCCCAAGCAGGGGGCCGCGGUGCAGGCCCUCGACCACACCGUCGACGCGAGCGCGCUCGGGAAGACCCAGGCCGACGACGACAGCGCCCCGUCUUCGGGGCCCGUCCCGGACUUCAUGGACCUCGCCGCUGGGCCGACGGGGCGGAGGUCCUCGGGCGCGGCGUCGUCGGGCGCGCGGCGGUCGCUGGUGGCCCCCGCGGAGGACGGCGGGGAGGGCAGGCUGCGCAUCGUGGGCCUGGUGUCCAAGCCAGGGAGCGGCGGGGGGCGCGCGAGCGGGGACCGCCAGUUCUUCUACGUCAACGGGCGCCCCGUGGACCUCCCGAAGGCCAGCCGCAUCCUGAACGACGCGUACAGGUCGCUCACCUCACCGGCGGCCGCGACGCACAAGCCGAUGGCCGUCAUCAACUUCCUGGUGGGGCGCGGGUCGUUCGACAUCAACCUGGCGCCGGACAAGCGGCAGGUGCUGCUGCACAAGGAGAGGGCCGCGCUCGACGGACUCAGGCAGGCGCUGGAGUCGGUCUGGGAGCCGUCGCGGUGCACGUACAAGGUGCAGGACCCGACGACGCCCGCGAACGCGCCGCAGACCGCGCCGCCCGCGGCCCCCGCGACCCUCCCCACCCCAACGGAGGCCCGCGAGCUGCCCACGCGGUGCGCGCGGCGGCGCGGCGCGCGGGAACGUGCCGCCACGCCCCCGCUCGACGACAGCGACGCCGGUGGCGGGCAGGAGGUCGGCGCGGGCGCUGAGGACGUCGCCCCGUCGCGGCGCGAGUCGGACGCGCACACGGCCCCCGCGCCCGACGAGGAGGCGACGGAGCCGGCGGCGAAGCGGCCGCGCGUCAGCGACGACGCCGCGGACGUCGCUGCGGGCGACGAGCGCGCGGGCCGGCGACCCCCGCGGCCCCGGCACGCCCGGUCUGCGUCAGGUGCUGCCGCAACAGCACUUGAGGAGGUGGAAGUAGAAGACGGCGACGGUGCUGACGAAGCGGACGUGGACGCCGAGGACGGAGAGGAGGUGGAGCUGGUGGUGCAGGAGGCGGCGCCGCCCCCACCGUCGCUGCAGCAGUUCGGUCUGCGGGCCCCGCCGCUGGCGGAGCGACCGCGGGGCGGCGCGCCGGCGUCGCGCCCCGGCCGCAGCGCCCCGCCGGGCCAGCGGUCGCUCCAGCAGUUCGGGUUCCAGGCAGACGCGGAUCCGGAGCCGCGCCCACCAGCACGGGCCCCUCGGGCGGGGACGCACGCGCAAGCGCCCACGCCAGAGCCACCACAGUCGCCUGCGGGAGUGCCCGCCGCCGAAGACGCCGAGGCGGCACGGACACCAGCCAGGGCGGCGAAGCGGCGGCGGGACCCGGCGACUCCCGCGCGUCCGUCGUUCCCGGCGAACCUGUACGGUUUGUACGCCAUCACACCGUCGCGGUACGACGGGGUGCCGGGGGCGUGGCGGGGCGGCGGGGACUCGGACGCGUCGGAGCUCGCCGAGGACGAGUCCGCCGGGGCGCGGGGGGAAGCGAGCGAGGGCGCGGAGGCUCGCGACGGGGAGGAGUGUGGAGGGGGGGGCGUGGAGGAGGGGGGUGCGGGCCCGGAGGAUCGCGGGGCGGCAGAGGCUGCGUCCAGCCCGCGGACGGGCGGGGACGGUGGUGGCGUGGGCGACGGGGACGUGGAGAUGCUGACGGGGCGCGAGCUGUCGACGGCGCAGGCGCUGGGGGACGGAGGCGGGGACAGCCUCGGCCCGCGCGCGCGUGCGCGGCAGCAGGGUCCGCACGGCGACCUGGGCGUCGACUUCUCCAUGGAGGCGCUCCGGAGCGACUGGGCGCGGCUGCUGGCGUCGACGCGCGAGGCGCAGGGCCGCGGGGGCGACGCGGGGAGGUCAGUGGGGUGCGCGCUGCACGCCGCGCGGCUGGCGGACGCGGGGGCGCAAGCGGGCGCGCAGCACGGACGCGACGCCGCGCAGGAGGUCGUGGAGCUCCCCGCGGAGGAGUGCGACGACGCGGGGCGGGAGCUCGAGCGCGUGUUUGACAAGAAGCUGUUCCGGGAGAUGCAGGUGGUGGGGCAGUUCAACCUGGGCUUCAUCAUCGCGCGGCUGGGCGAGGACCUCUUCAUCGUGGACCAGCACGCCUCGGACGAGAAGUGCACCUUCGAGCGCCUCUGCAAGGAGACGGUCCUCACCAAGCAGCCCCUCAUCAAACCGGCCAGGCUGGACCUGGGCCCCGCCGAGGAGGUGCUGGUGCGGGAGAAGCUGCCGCUGUUCGAGGCCAACGGGUUCACCUUCGCGGACGACCCUGAGUCAGGGCGACUGGUGCUGACGUCGGUGCCGGUGAGCCGCGGCGUCACGCUGGGCGCGAACGAGGUCGCGGAGCUCGUCGGGAUGCUGGCGGGCAACGAGGAGAGCGGGUGGAUGUGGAGCUCGGGCGGGGGGCGCCGGGUGCCGCGGCCGGCGAAAGUGCGCGCGAUGCUCGCGAUGCGGGCCUGCCGGAGCUCGAUCAUGAUCGGCAAGGUGCUGGACCGAAAGACCAUGGCGAAGGUCCUCGCGAUGCUGUCGACGCUGGAUUCGCCCUGGAACUGCCCGCACGGCCGCCCGACCAUGCGGCACCUGUGCGUGCUGCCCGCCCGCCGCGACGAGGACGAGGCGCCGGAAGAGGACGCCCCCGCGGCGCCGGACCUCGCCGAGUUCGGGUUCCAGGCCAGCUGA